UAAGCCCAAUUCUUCAUCGUCUUCCUCCCCCCAAACCCUAGAUCUAUCUCCCCUUCAACGGGCCUCACUUUCCGGCCUUCCAAUCCGCUCCCAGAUCGCUUCGCUUUGGGGCUUUGACCGCUGCGAAGUUUACUUCUAGAUCAAAAUGGAAGAAAUGACAGAAGUGACGGAAAUGGAAACUGCCCCGAUGGAGAAUAACAAUGAGCUGGUUCUUGUUAGUCCUGAAAUACAGCCGGAACCGCAGCCUAAGCGAAGGAAAAAGAAGUCCAUGGUUUGGGAGUACUUUACCAUUGAAAACGUGAGUCCUGGAUGUAGAAGAGCAUGCUGUAACCGUUGCAAACAAAGUUUCGCUUACAGUACUGGUUCCAAGGUAGCAGGGACCAGCCACCUCAAACGUCACAUUGCUAAAGGUACUUGUCGGGCGUUCCUACGUGACCAGGAUAACAAUCAAUUCUCCCCGUAUACACCAACGGUUGGUGGAAGUGAACCACGAAAACGGCGCUAUAGAAUUCCGAGCUCAGCUUUCAUACCAUUUGAUCAGGACCGUUGCCGCCUUGAAAUUGCGAGAAUGAUUAUCAUGCACGAGUACCCUCUUCACAUGGUUGAGCAUCCGGGGUUCAUAGCUUUUGUCCAGAAUCUUCAGCCUCGAUUUGACAAAGUCAGUUUCAACACCAUUCAAGGGGAUUGUGUUGCAACUUACCUGAGGGAAAAGCAAAGCGUCAUGAAGUUUAUUGAGGGUAUUCCUGGGCGUGUUUGUCUUACACUAGACAUGUGGACUUCGAAACAGACGCUGGGUUAUGUAUUUAUAACUGGACACUUCAUUGAUUUCGAAUGGAAGUUGCAAAGACGGGUUUUCAAUGUCAUAAUGGAACCGUAUCCCGAUUCCAAUUCUGCUCUUAGUCAUGCUGUUGCUGCCUGCCUAUCAGACUGGAGUUUGGAAGGCAAAUUGUUUUCCCUCACCUUCAAUCAUCCUACAAGUGAAGCUGGGCUUGAAAAUCUUAGACCUCUGCUCUGUACAAAGAAUCCCCUUAUUCUUAAUGGUCAACUGUUACUUGGAAAUUGUGUAGCUCGUACUUUGAGCAGCAUGGCAAAGGAUGUGCUCGGUGCAGGGCAAGAGAUUGUCAAGAAAAUCCGUGAUAGUGUAAAGUACGUGACGACUUCAGAUUUGCAUGAUGAAAAGUUUUUCCAUGUUAAAGACCAGCUUCAAGUGCCAAGUGAAAAGAGCCUGAUUCUUGAUGAUCAAACUCAGUGGAACACAACAUACCAAAUGCUGGCAGCUGCUACCGAAUUGAAGGAAGUGUUUAACUGUUUGGAUACGUCUGAUCCGGAUUAUAAACUAGCUCCGUCAGUGGAUGACUGGAAGCUGGCUGAGACUUUAUGCACUUUCUUGAAACCUCUCUUCAAUGCAGCUAGCAUCCUUACAACUACAACUAACCCUACUGCAAUCACUUUCUUUCAUGAAGCUUGGAAAAUACACACAGACUUGGGUCGUUCGAUCACUAGUGAGGAUCCCUUCAUCAGCAAUCUUGCUAAGUCGAUGCAGGAAAAGAUUGAUAAGUACUGGAGGGAUUGUAGCUUGAUUUUGGCAAUUGCUGUGGUCAUGGAUCCUCGUUUCAAGAUGAAGCUUGUUGAGUUCAGUUUCACAAAAAUAUACGGUGAAGAAGCUCCCGCGUUUAUCAAAAUUGUUGAUGAUGGAAUUCAUGAGCUCUUUCAUGAAUAUGUAGCACUUCCACUGCCUUUGACACCAACUUAUGCAGACGAAGGCAAUGCUGGAAUUGGGAAGGGCGACGAGUCUCAUCAAGGAAAUCUUCUUUCGGACCAAGGGCUUUCGGAUUUCGAUGUCUACAUUAUGGAGACUAGUAACCAGCAGAUGAAAUCUGAGGUGGAUCAGUACUUGGAAGAGUCGUUGUUGCCUCGUGUCCAAGAGUUUGACGUUUUAGGGUGGUGGAAGCUGAACAAGAUGAAGUAUCCAACACUUUCAAAGAUGGCUCGUGACAUUUUGUCGAUUCCAGUUUCUGCUGCUGCUCCUGAUUCGGUCUUUGAUAUCACAAUCAAGCAACUGGAUGAGUACCGAAGCUCCUUGCGACCAGAGACGGUGGAAGCCCUGAUCUGUGCCAAGGACUGGCUUCAAUAUGGAUCUGAAGUAGCAUCAAAUGCACUGGUUAAAAUGGAAUUUUAGAUGUAGUCCUUGUUUACUCAUGGUAGGAUGCUGUACUGGGCAUAUGUUUCACCUGUUGGGUAUUUAAUUUGUACAAUUAGAAAACAAUUGUGUUUGUAUGGAUGCAUGGACAUGAAAACCUUAAUUGCUAGAGGUAUUUUUAAUAUAACA